GCCUUCAUUAUUUCUGUCGGCCAGGGCAAUGUUUGCGCCAUUUCUUGCUCCGAGAGUGAAUUCAGGUCAUUUAGGCGAAGAGCUGUGCUUCCUAGGUAUCUACGGAGUCUGCCUGCUUUUCCUGGUCUGUACGGAGUAUCCCGAGGUCCCAUCCUUGUCGAAGAUAUAUGUUAAUUUUGAUUGUCUCGCUGGUGAAAUAAGAAGCCUUGCUUUAAUGAGACGGACCAUGCGGCUGGAUGUACGGAGUACGGAGCAAGGUUGUCAUCCUGUUCUGCAUGGCAAUUAUUGAAUAUAUGCAGUUAUGGCGACUAUAAAUAGCAACAGAUAUUGGAUUGGGGCCUGGAUAAAGGUCGAAGGAAGCACAAACAUGACGUAGAGACAAAGGGAUUGACGGUAUUCAAGAUGGAAAACCUGAAGAUCGACUGACGCCCUCGAUGUCAUGAUAGUCUACCGAGUACUCCGUACAUUCAAACAAAAUGAUUGAAUAAGUGCUAGAGUUGAACCUAGAUUUGCAGAAAAAAAGGGACACGGAAAUGUUUGAUGAGGUUCAUGUUUAGUUAGUUAGUUAUGUCCGAGGAACUGAUGACCAACCAGGGGGGUCAUUGAAAAAAAAGAAAAAAAGAAAAAAAGAAAAGAAACGACCAACAAAACCAGUCAAAAUGCUCGAAAAGAAUGCAAAAUAACAAAUUGGUAGAAUGCUUUUAAUUCUAAGGGGUAGACACAAUCCACAAAGUAUGUCU